CUGAAGUGGGGACCCUUGAAUCCUUGACUAACAUGAAAAUAAAAAGUGCUCCCCCGGACCUGCAUGGCCUCUACAAGCGCCUCCAGAGCUCCCACCCUCUACCGGCUGUGACGUCACAGGUCCGGCUCCGAGACCAGCCGGCGUUCGCCCAUUGCCAGGGCCAAGAGCACAGAGAGGACCGAGAGAAGAGGACCCGGGACCUUCUGCACCACAGCGCCAAAAACAUCUCCACCAUCCAUGUCACACCUACCUGCUGUCGGCCUGCUGUGAGCCAGACGCCCAUGGAAGUUGUGAAGGUGCAGUCCCACCUGGAGAAUCCCACCAAGUACCACAUCCAGCAGGCUCAGAGGCAGCAGGUGAGGCAGUAUCUGUCCACCACCCUGGGAGGGAAAGCCGGCAGCCAGUGCCCCAGCCAGCCCCCCGAGCACGGCAUGCCGCCCGGGCCCGGCAGCAGUGCCCCCAACAGUCCUAUGGCUCUGCUCACCCUCAGCUCCAACUGUGAGAAAGAGAUGGAUGAUGUCAUUGAUGAUAUCAUUAGCUUGGAGUCGAGUUACAAUGAAGAUGUUCUUGGACUUAUGGACCCAGGACUCCAAAUGAACAACCAGCUCCCUGUUUCUGGAAACCUUCUCGAUGUAUAUGGCAACCAAGGACUUCCCCUCCCGGGCCUCGCCAUCAGCAGCUCCUGUCCACCCAACAUUAAGAGGGAAUACACAGCUCCUGGCAUGAAGCAAGUACUGGACAAGCCUGACUCCUGUGGCCUGUAUGAAAACUAUCAAAGGCCAGAAGGCUUUCCAGUAGAGGCUGAAGUCCGAGCUCUUGCUAAAGAGAGGCAGAAGAAAGACAAUCACAACUUAAUUGAACGAAGACGGAGAUUCAAUAUCAACGAUCGCAUCAAAGAACUGGGAACCUUGAUACCCAAGUCAAAUGAUCCAGACAUGCGCUGGAAUAAGGGCACCAUUCUCAAAGCCUCAGUGGACUAUAUCAGAAGGCUACAGCGGGAGCAGCAGAGAGCCAAGGAGCUUGAGUGCAGACAGAGAAAGCUGGAGCACGCAAACCGCCAUCUGAUGCUUCGUAUACAGGAGUUGGAGAUCCAGGCCCGUGCUCAUGGUCUUACAGUGGUGUCAUCCCCAUCUGUCUGCACAUCAGAUUUGAUGGCCCGAGCCAUCAAACAGGAGCCCGUCCUCGGCGACUGCCCCGCAGAUCUCUACCAACACAGCUCGGCUCCUGACAUGUCCCCUCCAACCACACUGGACCUCAACAACGGCACAAUCACCUUUGACCAGAUUCCCACAGACACGGGCGACCCUGGUCCUUAUGGAAACCCCAGGACCUGUAAAAUAAAGGAAUUGGUCAGGGACACCCUGUCGCCAAUGUCCCCAAGUGAUCCCCUGCUGUCCUCAAUGUCCCCAGAUGGCUCCAACAACGGCAGCAGCCUCCACAGUUCCAGCUCUAGUAUGGAGGAGAAGGAGCAUGGCUGUUAGCAUACUGACACUUUCUACUUGUAGCAUCCCAUCCAUGAGGCACCUCAACUAAAAGUGACUCAAAACUAUCCACGUCACUGAGUGGAUAAACUCAGAGGUUAUUUUUUGCGGAUUCAUUGCUGAACUCUAUUGUUCAUAUACUGUAUGUUAAUGUGACUGAGGCAUUUCAGUUCCUCAAUUGUACACAGUAUUUUUACAUUCUUCUAAUCUUGAUGCUGUAUAGAUGGACUGUUGACAAACAUAUAAAAGAUGACAAAUAUGAUGUCAAUCUGCUGUCACAGACUGGUCAACUUAAUGACUUUACUGUUUAUUUUUGUCUUUAGUAAAACUAGGGUUUUCAUAUUUGUCACAAAUAUACUCUGUAAAAAGUGUCUAUGGCAGAAGAGAUAAACUAAAUAUGUGAAAAAGUGUUGGUAGUUAAGUGCAAAAAGUGUAUCACAAUGAUCAGAAACUCAAUCAGCUUCUUGUAGACAGAAUAUUAGAUUAGUGACUCAAUCUAUCGUACAGUGUUAAACCUCUGAGGGUUACAUGCCAAGAAAAUGCACAAAAUAUUAAAAGGCCCAGUGUUUAGAUCUAGUCUUCUAGUCAUCUAGGCAUCUAGUGGUGAGGUUGUGGAUUGCAACCAAAUGAAACACCUCCCAUGUGCCAACUGGUAGAAGAACUACUGUGGCUGACGUGAACACGCAAAUGCCCGUAUCAAGCUGGUAUUGGUUUGUCUGUUCUGAGCUACUGUAAGAACAACAUUGCGGACUCCAUGGAAGACGACCUGCUCUGUAUGUAGAUAUUAAUAGCUUACUCUGAGGAAACAAAAAUAUGCCAAUUCUUAGUUUCAGGUGAUCAUACACAAAUGAAAACAUAUUUAUGAAUAUUUUAUUUCAUUUUACC